AUGACCUUCCUCCUGGGCAAGUGCACCAAGCAGGCCACCACGAGGCCGACGGGCAUCUUGAACGUGACCAACCCAAAUAACCCCUUCUACAACUGGACCUUGGUUGAUGUGCCGUACUGUUCAGGGGACGUGUUUAGCGGUGCGACGGAGAACUUCUGGAUCAUGCCACAGCAAACGGCCAGUGCUUGGAAGUCUCAGGCAGGAUACGCCAACGUGAACGCGAUUCUGGACUGGGUCAAGGUCCAGUUUGCUGGAGCUGUGCCAGCCUUGAGGACUCUUUCCAAGUUCGUGGUGGCAGGUGAGUCCGCCGGCAGUUUGGGAGUUCAGCUUUGGGCCACUAACCUUCUACGUCGGCUGGAGAGCCACUAUGAGCCUGAGAACACCAUCCUGAUUGGGGAUUCUUUUGUGGGGACCACCCCAGGAGACAUGGAUCUAUUUCAACGUCAGGUGAUGGAGUUUUGGGGCGUUUGCCAGUCUGGUGUGGUUCCUGAGGAACUGGAGCCAAAGUGUACACCAGACCGCCUGGUCAUGACAGACUUCCCAGAGACCACCAUGCAGCUGUUCCCCUCAGUCCGCUACAUGAUGAUCAGCAGCAAAUUCGAUCAGGUUCAAAUGGCAUUCGGCGAUCUUGUGAUUCAUUAUGACUACCUAUGGACUGUGCUUUGGAAAGGCCGUGAUAGCAUACCGCAUUUUACCACGAAAACUUUCUACGAGCAACUCAGUGGGUACUUACUGGUAUACUCGGCCUACAAGCAGUUCUCCGCAUACCUCGUGGGUGCCAAACAGCAUACCUACACAAUCUGGCCUCUCUUCUUCAUUCGGAGCACUACUCCUGCUGGGCCAUCUGAUGAUUGUAGCAGCCCAGAUGUGGGGGAGCGUUUGCUCGAUUGGCUCAGCCCGUAUAGUGAGGAGAAGGCACCAUACCAAUGCUACAACACUGAAGAGGACGCCCCAAAUUGGACUGCACAUUACUGCGAUUACCAGUUGCCAUGGCAAGUUGGAAGAUGCGAACCCAGCAACUAG